UACGAGUGCUGCCUCCACGGCCUGGUCGCCACGGACCGCGAACCACUGUUGCGCACGCGGCUCGAGGCGCUCUGCGGCGACACAAACGCGACGCACAAAGAGCUGUACCACGAAAUUAGCUGCAUUCCGUGCAUCGAGACACCGGUCGGCCCGCUGCGCAAAGAAGACGUGAUGCUGCGUCUCCGCAUCGAGCGCGACCCGUCCGACCCCCUGAAUGACUCGCUGGCCCGCAGCUCGGUUGUGCUGUAUGGCCACCCUGAGCCGCGGUCGAGCCGCGGGGCAACUGUGCGGCCGGCAAUCUACGCGCAGGUGGAUUCGGACAACGCCGCGCAGUUUGCCAGUCUGCUCGGCUACAAGUUCCACUCCGAGUAUGUCCGGUCCGGGUACUGGGUGCUGUACCGGAACACAUUCAAGAUCAUUGUUAGCCGGAUUCUGGCCCUGCCUGUCAAGGGCGACAUCCAGUCGGCUGUGCCCAUGGACGAGUCGAGGAACUGGCUGGUGCAGAUUAUUGCCGACGCCGUGGGCCAGGAGCAGGUGCCGCGCAUGUGCGAGCAAUUGGACGAAGUCAAGGCGCUGCUG